CCUGUCUCCUUCCCUAGGGAAGAAAAGGAGCUCUGGAUACGUGCGAAGUACGAGCAGAAGCUCUUCCUUGCCCCGCUGCAGUGCCUGGAGCUUUCCCUGGGCCAGCAUCUCCUGAGGGCCACGGCCGAGGAGGACCUGCGGGCGGUCAUCCUGCUGCUGGCCCACGGCACCCGGGAGGAGGUGAACGAGACCUGCGGAGACGGCGACGGGCGCACGGCCCUGCACCUGGCCUGCCGGAAAGGGAACGUGGUGUUGGUGCAGCUCCUCAUCUGGUACGGCGUGGACGUGAUGGCGCGCGACGCCCACGGCAACACGGCGCUGGCCUACGCCCGCCAGGCCUCCAGCCAGGAGUGCAUCGACGUGCUCCUCCAGUACGGCUGCCCCGACGAGCGCUUCGUCCUCAUGGCCACCCCCAACCUGUCCAGGAAGAACAACAACCGCAACAACAGCGGCGGCAGGAUGCCCACCAUCAUCUGAGGAGCCUCCUCCCUCGUGCGCAGUUCGCCGAGUUACCACCCGCAGCCUCGCAUCCCUCCAUCCCCCGUCACAGCCCCCUCGCUCUGUGAGUCUGGCAAACUCUCCUUUGCCCUUUUUUCCC